CAGCCGUCACUACUACACCUCUUUCAACAAACCUCUCUUUAACAUUUUCCAACGCAAAAAACUAGAAAAGAAGCGCCGCAUAGAGAAAUGCGGAGCCUCUUUUGACUAUAAUAUAUAUCGCCUCGGAGAUCAGACCCUAUAAGUCGCCGGAUAAUCAUCGACGACUGUCCGAGACUCCGCCGGAGUCACCGGAAAAGUACUUCUUACGGUUUCUACGGCGAGAGAGGGGAUUUGAAUAUAUUGGCCGUGUUUUGGUUUUCGAUGGCUUCGGAGGAUGUGAAGACUAGUGAAUCAGCUGUUUCGACGAUCGUGAAUUUAGCUGAAGAAGCGAAGCUCGCUAGAGAAGGCGUUAAAGCUCCUAGUUAUGCUGUUCUUAGUAUCUGCAAGUCUCUCGUUGCCGGCGGCGUUGCUGGUGGAGUGUCACGAACUGCCGUUGCUCCUUUGGAACGUUUAAAAAUCUUACUUCAGGUUCAGAAUCCACAUAGUGUAAAAUACAAUGGAACAAUUCAAGGCUUGAAGUACAUUUGGAGAACAGAAGGUUUUCGGGGACUAUUCAAAGGCAACGGUACUAAUUGCGCUCGCAUUGUUCCAAAUUCUGCCGUCAAGUUCUUCAGCUAUGAGCAAGCUUCAAAGGGAAUCCUAUAUUUGUAUCAACAGCAAACUGGUGAUGAUGAUGCUCAGCUCACUCCUCUUUUACGCCUUGGAGCUGGAGCAUGUGCUGGAAUAAUUGCCAUGUCUACAACUUACCCAAUGGACAUGGUACGAGGCAGGCUUACCGUACAGACAGACAGCUCUCCUUAUCAGUAUAGGGGAAUGUUCCAUGCUCUGUCAACUGUGUUGCGUGAAGAAGGCCCACGAGCAUUGUACAAGGGUUGGCUUCCUUCAGUCAUCGGAGUUAUACCAUAUGUGGGCCUGAACUUUGCUGUGUACGAAUCUCUAAAAGAUCGGUUAAUCAAAAGUAAAGCAUUUGGAUUGGUUGAAGACUCCGAGUUGAGCGUGACGACCAGGCUUGCUUGUGGGGCUGCUGCUGGAACUGUUGGCCAAACCGUUGCUUACCCUCUUGACGUGAUUCGCAGAAGAAUGCAAAUGGUAGGAUGGAAAGAGGCAGCCUCUGUCGUCACUGGUGAUGGGAGGAACAAGGCCCCUCUCGUGUAUACUGGCAUGAUCGAUGCAUUCGGGAAAACUGUUAGGCAUGAGGGCUUUGGAGCAUUAUACAAGGGUCUGGCCCCUAAUUCUGUUAAGGUUGUACCAUCGAUAGCACUCGCGUUUGUGACAUAUGAAGUGGUGAAGGACAUUUUAGGGGUUGAGAUUAGAAUAUCAGACUGAAAUGGUGCCCCAUUCAGAUUGAAAUGUUUAUGAUGAGGAAGGUGUGUUGCUAUUCUUUUUUUGUAGGCAAUGGAACAGAUAGGAAGGUGAACUAGGGACAGUUUUCUUAGUACUCUUAUUUGGUUUCUCAUAAAUGAGUUUUAGAAACUUGUACACAGAGAGCUGCACCGACUCGGACUGAGACCGAGUCUCGGCUCGUGACACUGCCUGCCUGUAUAAUGUCUUAUAAUGGCUUCAAAUGUUUCCUAUGUAAACACUGUACUUAUUCACGUGUUGUGCCAAUAAGGAUGAAGGAACAAUGCGAAUAACCAUUUGUUUGUAAUUAUCGAGCCGAGCUUAGGCUGAAUUCGAGCACUGCAAUAUUCAAAUGUCUUGCGAGUUUAA